UUUUACUUCGUUUCAACAGUUAAUACAAGUAUCAUUAAUACUAUAUAUAAUAAUUACUCAACUUCUUUGCUUUAUUCAGUCUUCACGUGACUCUGAAACUUUCCAGUCCCCGACAGCUACUCUCUUGUGUCUUACAUCCUUUUGUCACGUACCUCCUGCUCUCUUCACCUCUCUCUCUCUACUACUACAUUCUAAAAACUCUUUCAUAUGUAAUAAUCAGAGACAUUAACAUGCUUCUUUAAUACAUUCUUACAAGCUAUGCUUCUUCGUUGUAACUUACCCAUUUCUGGGUUCCUUUUCUUUUGUUUCUUCUUCACUAUUGUUGCUUCGUCUUCUUCUUCCUUAAACCGCACAAAACAGGCGUUUCAUCAUCACCGCGACGUUACUGCUUUGUUACGUUUCAAGUCCAAAGCUGAUCUGUGGAACAAGAUAAACACAAGCUCUCACUUCUGUCAAUGGUGGGGUGUUACGUGCUAUGGAAACAGAGUGGUUCGUUUGGUCAUUGAAGAUCUUUAUCUCGGAGGUCAACUCGUUCCUGACUCAGUCAAUAGACUCGACCAGCUCCGUGUUCUCAGUCUUAAAAAUACUUCCUUAACCGGACCUAUACCGGAUCUUUCCGGUUUAGUUAAUCUCAAAUCGUUAUUUCUCGAUCACAACUCUUUCUCCGGUUCGUUUCCCCUCUCGGUUCUCGCACUUCACCGGUUAAGAACUCUCGAUUUCUCCUCCAACAACCUCACCGGUCUAAUUCCACCCGGUUUAGCUCUUUCCGGCCGGUUGAACUACCUCCGUCUCGAUUCGAAUCGCUUCAACGGUCCCAUCCCUGCUCUAAACCAAUCCUCACUUCAUACAUUCAACGUUUCGGUUAACAACUUAACCGGUGCUGUACCAGUAACCGCCGUGUUGUUACGGUUCGGUAUUUCUUCAUUUCUCAAAAACCCUAAUCUCUGCGGCGAGAUCGUUCACAAAGAAUGCAAUCCAAGACCCAAGUUCUUCACUCCGGUUACGACGCCACCGCCGCCACCACCGGCUAAAAUGCUCGGUCAAAUCGCGCAAAUCGGAGGAGUGGGACUAUCCCGGCCAAAUCACGGCAAACAUUCACGAUUCGUGGUGAUCCUAGCGUUUAUAUCCGGCGCAUUUAUACUCUUCAUAUCCAUCGCGUGCCUAAUCGGCGCGGUGAAGAGACGACGGAGAGACAAAAACGAGAAGUCAAAAACAGGAAAAGAAUCAACGGCGGUCGUCACAUUCGACGCGGCAGAGACGGCGGAAGUAGCGGCGGCGAUUGAGCAAGAGAGUGAGAUCGAGGAGAAAGUGAAGAAGCUACAAGCGACAAAAAGCGGGAGUUUAGUAUUCUGCGCGGGUGAGGCGCACGUGUAUACGAUGGACCAGCUAAUGACAGCAUCGGCUGAGUUAUUGGGUAGAAGAACAGUUGGGACCACCUACAAGGCGUUGCUUGACAGCCGUUUGAUCGUGACGGUUAAGAGAUUAGACGCCAUUAGAUUAGCGGGUGUAGGGAGAGAUAAAUUUGAGCGUCACAUGGAAUCAGUUGGUGCUUUGGGGCAUCCGAAUUUGGUUCCACUCAGAGCUUAUUUUCAAGCUAAGGAAGAGAGGCUUUUGAUUUAUGACUAUUUGCCAAAUGGCAGUCUCUCGUCUCUUGUCCACGGUACAAAAUCGUCAAGAGCAACACCAUUGCACUGGACAUCUUGCUUGAAGAUAGUAGAAGACGUGGCUCAGGGUCUAUCUUACAUCCACCAAGCAUGGCAGCUUGUUCACGGCAAUCUCAAAUCCUCCAAUGUCCUUCUUGGACCAGACUUCGAAGCUUGUAUUGCCGAUUACUGUCUCAUUGCUCUUGCAACAAACCCUCCUCUAGCAUCCAGUGGUGAUGGUCAAGAAGACGUCGAUGCAGCGGCUUAUAAAGCCCCUGAAGCUCGACACAAGAGUUUAAAUUACCAAUCUCUUAAAGCUGAUGUUUACGCAUUUGGGAUUCUUCUCUUGGAGCUUUUGACAGGGAAACAACCUUCGAAGAUUCCGGUUUUGACGUUGGAUGGGAUGAUGGAAUGGGUUAGGAAAGUGAGAGAGGAAGGUGAGAAGAAGAGUGGGAACUGGAGAGAGGAUAGGGACAAAUUUGGGAUGUUGACUGAAGUCGCGGUGGCUUGUAGCUUAACAUCGCCGGAGCAGAGGCCUACGAUGUGGCAAGUUUUGAAAAUGUUGCAAGAGAUUAAAGAAGCGGCUGUGAUGGAAGAGUGUGAACUUGUUAUGGAUUCUACUAAUUCUGGAAGCUCCUAAUUUAAGGACAGUAUUUUUAUUUACUUUUUUUUUUUUUCUAAACUAAAUCUCUCUUUUUAUGUCUUUCACUAAUCUUAAAACUAUAUGUAACAGUGGCGGUUUUAGAUUAAUGCCAUGGUUCCUUAUCGUUA